CGACGGACCGCAGUCGACGCCACACACACGCAUCCCACGGUCAUCCGUUCCGUUUAUUUUUUUCGUACGGCCGCCAGUCACCAUCAGCCAUGUCUUCCCCGUCAGCAGUCCGCGGAGUCUCUUCCGUUUGCGCCGUAGUCGCCGCCAUGGCCUGUGCCGCCGCCGUCGUCGGGCCGGUCUCCGCGCUCCCGGCGCCCGCACAACAGCAACCGCAGCAGCAAGACGCCGUCGGCUUGGGCACGGUCCUGUGGUCGGUGGUGGACGGCUGCUUCGACGCGGAUUCCGCCGAACCGACCGCGGUGUGCCUCAAGUCCAAAGCGCUGACCGCCCUGGACCGGGCGCUCGCCAAGCCCACCGUGACCAUCGCGGGCGGCGUGUCGCUGGCGUCCCGCGCCGGAAAAUCGCUGGCCGACCCGUCAACCGAAAAAGCCGACCGCGCCGCCUUGGACGCCGCCAAGGACCCGGAACACAAGAGCGCGAUGUUGGACGACAUGCUCGCCAACCGCGUGGACAUGCUCAUGGCCACCAAGAGCAUCGUGCUGGACGGAUUAGCCGUGCAAGAAGGUGAGCUAUUGUUCGGGUUGGUUAAUGUGUCCGCCCGCUGCAGCUGUUCACACGCCGCCGGCGACGAUACGUUUUUUUUAUGACAGACCUAUGGCACGUAUACGUUCGGCGCGUGAUAAACAGUUUGCCGGUUUUUUUUUUUUGUUUUUUUCCAAUCCGAUUCGAAAAUCGGCUAUAUUCUCCGGCGAACCUCCCGGAACUCGGUCACAUUAUACCGGUGGUUUUCGAGCUUUUUUUUUUUUUUUUAACAAAAUUGACGAGUCACAAUCAAAAGAGUUACAUUUUUAUGGAAAACAAAAGACCGCGGCGCGCACAUAGUGAAUGUUCGCGGCACCCAAUUUGAAAACCACAGGCGUACACACCUGUGCGAUUACGACGGCCAAUACGAAUACGGUAAAAGGUACGCGGCGUGAGUGGUUCGAUUAUCGCCGCCUCGCGUUGUCUGCCUCGCUAGUGAAUGUCCGACGCGGUCAGGAUUGGAGAGAAAAAUACAAAUAAAGUCACGUUCGAUUAGGUUGUAACAAUCGUUUCGAUCGCGGUAAAACAAAUAACCACGCGAUAUUCGUAUCCGCGCCCCCUCCCCCCCUUCCCCCUCCCAUACCCCCGUGAGAAGAGCCCGACCGUUAUCCAAACGGAACUGAUCAGCAACCGUCUAUCACUGUAACCGAUAUGCGUUUGUUUUUUCCGGCAGGUCGGAGCAAGAAAAAGGAGCAGAAGGCGUUCCAAAUGGCCAUAAUGAUGGCCGGCAUGACGGCCGUCGCGGUCAUGGGGCCGAUGGCGUUCGGUUUCAUCGCCAUGCUGGCCGCCAAGGCGUUGCUGAUCAGCAAGAUCGCCCUGGUCUUGUCCGGCAUCAUAGCGCUCAAGAAACUCCUCCAGCCGCAACAGGGCGGCCACGAGACCGAGGCGGUCCAGGUGUCGUCUUCGCACCAUUACGGCCGCAGCAUGAACCUGGACGCUCACGACAUGGCGUACUCGGGUCAACUGCAGCAAUAGACCGUCGAUAAUUAUUAUUUAUUUAUUAUUUAUUCGUGUACUCAUACGUUAUAUUUAUGUACCCAAUUAUUAUCAUAAUAAUCUUAUCCGACGCCGAAUUCGUGUUUCAAUUGCAUUCACUAACAAUUGUACAGAAAA